UCAGGUUUUUUUCUUUCCCCCAAGUGAAGAUCUGAGGAAAGGACAGGGGGAAAACAGAUAAAAAACAUUUUGAAGAAUAUGAGUGGAAGAAGGAAGAAAGGAAAGUAUGUUCACAUUUCAACAUUGCUCAAAUUGGAAGCAUAAUGCUCUCCAGGUCCCUCCAGGCCAUCUCAAAGGUCUAGGACACACCUUUGAACAAUUUAUGAAAAAAGGUACUACCAGGAUGGUGACAUUUUAUAAGGCUUUGCAGACCUAAGAAUAAUUUCCUGUGACGUUUGUACAUGAAAAACUAGGACAAGGAUUAUAUCUUUAUCCUUGAAAUUUAAAAACAUUUGCCAGGACAUGUCUUGGUGUUGAUGAUCUCUGUUGAACCUUCUCAGUCUCCAGUCUCAGUAUAUAAUGAGUAUGAUGACUAUCACUGUACAUAAGUCUUUAUGCACAUCUCUGAUAUUUCCUUAGGAUAAAUGAGGAGCUGAUUCUUAAUCCUGUCACAUUGAAUGGACAGCAAAUUAUGGAUGAACCUAUGGGCGAGGAGGAGAGUAAUCCACAAACUGAAGAAGGCAGUAUCAAAGAAAUUGCAAUCACACAUCAUGUAAAGGAAGGACAUGAAAAGGCAGAUCCUUCCCAAUUUGAACUUUUAAAAGUAUUAGGGCAGGGAUCAUUUGGAAAGGUUUUCUUAGUCAAAAAAAUCUCAGGCUCAGAUGCUAGACAGCUUUACGCCAUGAAAGUAUUGAAGAAGGCCACAUUGAAAGUUCGAGAUCGUGUUCGGACAAAAAUGGAGCGUGAUAUCUUGGUAGAAGUUAAUCAUCCUUUUAUUGUCAAGUUGCAUUAUGCUUUUCAAACUGAAGGGAAGUUGUAUCUUAUUUUGGAUUUUCUCAGGGGAGGAGAUUUGUUUACACGCUUAUCCAAAGAGGUGAUGUUCACAGAAGAAGAUGUCAAAUUCUACUUGGCUGAACUUGCACUUGCUUUAGACCAUCUACAUAGCCUGGGAAUAAUCUAUAGAGACCUAAAACCAGAAAACAUACUUCUUGAUGAAGAAGGUCACAUCAAAUUAACAGAUUUUGGCCUAAGUAAAGAGUCUAUUGACCAUGAAAAGAAGGCAUAUUCUUUUUGUGGAACUGUGGAAUAUAUGGCUCCAGAAGUAGUUAAUCGUCGAGGUCAUACUCAGAGCGCGGACUGGUGGUCUUUUGGUGUGUUAAUGUUUGAGAUGCUCACUGGUACACUACCGUUCCAAGGAAAAGAUCGAAAAGAAACAAUGACUAUGAUCCUUAAAGCUAAACUUGGAAUGCCACAGUUUUUGAGUCCUGAAGCCCAGAGUCUUUUACGAAUGCUUUUCAAACGAAAUCCUGCAAACAGAUUAGGUGCAGGACCAGAUGGAGUUGAAGAAAUUAAAAGACAUUUAUUUUUCUCAACAAUAGAUUGGAAUAAACUAUACAGAAGAGAAAUUCAUCCACCUUUUAAACCUGCAACUGGCAGGCCUGAAGAUACAUUCUAUUUUGAUCCUGAGUUUACUGCAAAAACUCCCAAAGAUUCGCCUGGCAUUCCACCUAGUGCUAAUGCACAUCAGCUUUUUCGGGGGUUUAGUUUUGUUGCUAUUACCUCAGAUGAUGAAAGCCAAGCUAUGCAGACUGUUGGUGUGCAUUCGAUUGUUCAGCAGUUGCACAGGAACAGUAUUCAGUUUACUGAUGGAUAUGAAGUAAAAGAAGAUAUUGGAGUUGGCUCCUACUCUGUUUGCAAGAGAUGUAUACAUAAAGCCACAAACAUGGAGUUUGCAGUGAAGAUUAUUGAUAAAAGCAAGAGAGACCCAACAGAAGAAAUUGAAAUUCUUCUUCGUUAUGGACAGCAUCCAAACAUUAUUACUCUAAAGGAUGUAUAUGAUGAUGGAAAAUAUGUGUAUGUAGUGACAGAACUUAUGAAAGGAGGUGAAUUGCUGGAUAAAAUUCUUAGACAGAAAUUUUUCUCUGAACGAGAGGCCAGCGCUGUCCUCUUUACUAUAACCAAAACAGUUGAAUAUCUUCACGCUCAAGGGGUGGUUCACAGAGACUUGAAACCUAGCAACAUUCUUUAUGUGGAUGAAUCUGGCAAUCCAGAAUCUAUUCGAAUUUGUGAUUUUGGCUUUGCCAAACAGCUAAGAGCAGAAAACGGUCUUCUCAUGACGCCUUGUUAUACUGCAAAUUUUGUUGCACCAGAGGUUUUGAAACGACAAGGCUAUGAUGCUGCUUGUGAUAUAUGGAGUCUUGGUGUCCUCCUCUAUACAAUGCUUACUGGUUACACUCCAUUUGCAAAUGGCCCUGAUGAUACACCAGAGGAAAUAUUGGCACGCAUUGGCAGCGGAAAAUUCUCACUCAGUGGUGGUUACUGGAAUUCUGUUUCAGACACAGCAAAGGACCUGGUGUCAAAGAUGCUUCAUGUAGACCCUCAUCAGAGAUUGACUGCUGCCCUUGUGCUCAGACACCCUUGGAUAGUCCACUGGGACCAACUGCCGCAAUACCAACUAAACAGACAGGACGCACCACAUCUAGUCAAGGGUGCCAUGGCAGCUACAUAUUCUGCUUUAAACCGUAAUCAGUCACCAGUUUUGGAACCAGUAGGCCGCUCUACUCUUGCUCAGCGGAGAGGUAUUAAAAAAAUCACCUCCACAGCCCUGUGAAGUGACCUCAGUGAAAUAUUUGGUACCAUGGUGUAAGCUGAUAGCACAAGUUCUGGCGACAGGUAGCACAUAUCUGAGAGACACCUGCAAGCACACACUGUCCCAGCUGGUACCCAUAAUGCUGCUGCUCCUGCUGCUGCUCCUGCUUUCAUCUCUUCUCGCUUUACAUGAUUGUUAGCAAGUUAGAUUUUCCUGGAGCUUCGGAUGAAAUGAAAAUGGAAACAUGACGAAGAUAUAUUCACUGAAUCAAUAACAAGAAUAAUGAACAUGAAUACCACCUAAAAAUACACUGAAUAAAGUACUCUACACCAUAUAGCAUUAUUUUUAUAGGAAAUAUUUCAUGUCCCUUAAAUAUUCUUUGUUAGUUAUAGGGAUGGACAGUUUAUGUUAAGCACUUAGCUUAAACAAUCCGUUUAUAUUAGCACUGUAUCCCUUGUGCCAUCCAACAUUUUGUAUGUUUUUGUAAACAAUUCAUAUACAGUACAUUUCUGUACUGCUUUCUUUAAUGUAUACAUGCCUUGUUUAACUUGGAAUCUAUUAUUAUUAAUCAAUUGACUAUUAAAUCUGGUUAAAUAGUU